CGUCACCUCCACCUGCCAGUCCAUGGAAAUGAAACCUACCGGCCUCUGCAGAGAAACCUCUUCGGCUUUCGGAAUCUCAAUCUGGUGAUUAGUUCUCAGCUGAUUCAGCUCUUCCAUCUCUCUGAUCUCCCCAGCUAUGGCCUCUAAUGGAGCUUCCACGAGAGCUGGAGAUGCGGAGAACAGCUUGGAGAAGAUCAAGCGGCAGCUGGCCACGGGCUCCGGUAGGAACCUGCUGCAGGGACCACUCCUCAAGCGAUCCGAAACUCUGAGGAAGUGGAAUGAGCGAUGGGUGAUCCUUGACCCUACCACAGGGAGAAUGGAAUACAAGAUUAGGAGAAAUGAACCUGCAGUCAAGGGAACCAUUAUCUUUGAUGCAAACAGCACCAUUACAAUAUCUCCUGUGAACUUUCAUGGGUUGCCGAAGUAUGAUGGCUGCUGUUUCUAUAUUGGCACCCCAACAAAGAAAGACUAUUUUCUCUGUGCUGAAACUCCUGGGGCAGCUAGAGCUUGGGUCGCGACACUACAUUCAUCGCAGUUGGUUCUGAAGGCUCAUAAAGAAGCUGUGAACUCCUUAAGCGGUAAUGGCUCCGCAAAAUUGGGAACUGUGGCAACUGUAGUUGCUGCAGCUAAUUCGACGGCUCUAGAAUGUUCAAAAGAAAUUGAGGCAGCAAUGCAGGUGUCAAUGAGAAAUGCUCUGGGAGUGAUGACAAAUAAACCAAUUGACGGUCCAAUGGAUGAUUUGACUAUCAUGAAGGAAACGCUUCGGGUUAAGGAUGAGGAGCUGCAGAAUUUGGCUAGGGAUCUCCGUGCACGUGAUUCAACUAUUAAAGAAAUUGCUGAGAAACUCUCGGAGACUGCCGAAGCUGCUGAGGCUGCAGCAUCUGCCGCUCACACAAUGGAUGAACAAAGGAGAAUAGCUUGUUCAGAAAUUGAACGCUUGACACAAAAAUAUGAGAAGCAGUUGGUGUCGUCAAAGACAAAGCUAAAAGAAUCUGAUGAAAAGGUUGCAGCCCUGACUAGGGAAAGGGAUCAAUUGAUUAAGCAAAGAGACUCCGCCCUUCAGGAGGCACAGCUCUGGCGUUCAGAGCUUGCAAAAGCUAGGGAACGUGCUGUCAUACUGGAAGCAGCUGUGGUACGGGCUGAGGAGAAAGUGAGGGUAACAGAAGCAGAUGCUGAAGCUAAAAUAAAGGACGCUGAGCAGAAAGAGUCGGCCGCAAUGAAGGACAAGCAAGAGCUUCUGGCAUAUGUUAAUGUGCUUCAAGCACAACUUCAAAGACAGCACAUCGACUCGAAGCAAGUGUUUGAAGAGAAGGUUGAGUUCUGCUCGGACAUGACGAAACAUGUGGACUCGUCUGAGGAGAAUGUGGACAAGGCCUGCCUCAGCGUCUCUCGAGCAAUCCCUGUCUCUGGAGAGAGCGUGAUCCACAUGUCAGAGGACCAAGCCAAUCCCCAGCCAGUUCGAGAAGGUGAGUGGAGUGAUAUCCAGGCAACUGAUGCGAGGAUUGCUGAUGUUAGAGAAGUGGGCCCACCUCAGGUGGAAGCCGGCAGCUUGGACAUUCCCGUGGUUCAUGACACCCAAGAACAAGGAGUGGCCUCUUAUCAUCAUCAACCUUGAAAUAUGAAUCCAGCAGGGUAGAUAUUGCGACCGAACAGUUCCAGCACAGAUGACGGCAGUCCAUAUAAAGGGAAAACAGAGAAGCUGUGUUAGUCAUAGGAUGAUUUGAUCUUCUUGUGACCUAAUUGAUCAGACAUGUCUGUUCCAUCAGAAAUGAAUGCUUCCGGUUUUAUCUUCCAUGUGUAUACAAUAAGCUAUCCAUGGUAUAUGUGUAGUCCUCCCCAGCUUUCCGAGGAGCUUUCAUGUAAUGUAAAUCUUUCGAUGGUUGAUGAAGAUUGUAUCGGUCUUGCUAUUCUAUGCCGGGACAUUGUGGAUUGAUGACUGGUAUUCAGCGUGGAUAUUGAUAUGAACCAUGCCGGAUCCUUGGAGUCAUCA